CUUGUUGGGCUAUUGAACAGAAAAGCACAGAUAAAAUGGAAAAUGCAAUGUCUGAAAUAGGAGUGGCUUUUAACUUUUAUGAAAGUCAAGAUCAGUCAAGUGGAAGGACAUCAACAAAAUGGACUUCUCUAGACUGUGAUGAUCUGGAAACAGUCAUAAAGAAACUGGAUCUUAGUCAAGUUUUGAGAAAUAUGGCAGAUAAAAGUAAAACUAGUGCAGUAGAUACUUUGACUAAAAUGCAGCUAGUGGCUGCCUGCCAAAAGUAUGGUCUCCGCACUAAAGGAAACAAAGAUGCACUUAGGGUUAUUCUGAAAGAAUACCUACAUGAAAACAAAAUUCCUUUCCAGGUGUCGUCCAUUCAGACCUUUGAAGUCAAGUCUCUCGAUGUCAACAAUUUACAGUCUGUAUGGAGAGAUUUUGAAGUCCUGGCUGAUGCUCUGAAAGCAGACCCUAGUUCUCCCCAAUAUUUAGAGCCUGAMAGCUUUAAAUUGAAUGCUCUCAAAUGGGUCAAAGCAUUUAGGACAGCUACUUUUGAUGAAGAUGUGAUCCCAUACAUCCAUGUAUUGGUAUAUCACAUCCCACAAUUCUUGGAGAAAUAUCAAACUCUUCAUCACUUCAACUGUCAGACUGUUGAGAAGGUAUUGAUAACAACCAUAAUCAUUCUACUGCUGCACAUGAUACAGGAUUUGCAACCUAGCCAUUCUUAA